AUGUGGGACUUUAUAGGAUCUUUGAUAGAGGUAGCCAUACUGCCACAUCAACAGCCACAUCAAACAGCCACAUCAAACAGCCACAUCAAACAGCCACUUCAAACAGCCACAUCAACAGCCACAUCAAACAGCCACAUCAAACAGCCACAUCAAACAGCCACUUCAAACAGCCACAUCAACAGCCACAUCACCCAGCCACAUCAAACAGCCACAUCAAACAGCCACAUCAAACAGCCACUUCAAACAGCCACAUCAAACAGCCACAUCAACAGCCACAUCAACAGCCACAUCAACAGCCACAUCAAACAGCAACAUCAAACAGCCACAUCAAACAGCCACUUCAAACAGCCACUUCAAACAGCCACAUCAAACAGCCACAUCAAGCAUCAACAUCAAACAGCCACAUCAAACAUCCACAUCAGACAGCCACAUCAAACAGCCACUUCAAACAGCAACAUCAAACAGCCACAUCAAACAGCCACAUCAAACAUCAACAUCAAACAGCCACAUCAAACAGCCACAUCAAACAGACACAUCAAACAGCCACAUCAAACAUCAACAUCAAACAUCAACAUCAAACAGCCACACCAAACAGCUACAUCAAACAGUCACAUCAAACAGCCACAUCAAACAGCUACAUCAAACAGCUACAUCAAACAGCUACAUCAAACAGCCACAUCAAACAGCCACAUCAAACAGCCACAGCAAACAGCCACAUCAAACAGCCACAUCAAACAGCCACAUCAAACAGCCACAUCAAACACUGAAGGUCUAAGUGGAAUCUGA